CGGGAAAUUGUAGUAGUGGGUUGCUGCUACAUAGAAGAAAAUCUUUAUCACUCUUAAAAACUGAUGUAACAUUGUUUCACUUGAAGCUGACUAUUUUCUUUUAGAGAACAGAAUUUUGUUUGGAGUUCGAUACCUCAAUUUUCUACGAUGUUUUCGUAACAAACUACUUCCAUUCCAAAAUAGCCAAUAGGAGCGGCAAGAGAAACGCGCGUAAAUUUGUAAACAGUAAUUGGCGGCAAGAGUAGUAUGAUUCGUGUUGUACAUGGUGGAAGUGAACAAGGUGUAAUUGUGUCUUGUGCAUCAAAAUGCCGCUGAACACCACUGGCAAUGUCUCAAAUGGUGAUGAUGUUUUGAAUUACAAUGAAAUAGUUACUAAUGAUACAUAUAGCUGGAACUGGAGCUGGAGUGGAGAUGGUCCAAAAAUCGAGCUUAGUCCUACUAGCUCGUGCAGCUCCUCAUCAGAACUGACCACGAGACAUGAGAGCAAAAGAGGGAGGCCAAGGGCAGAUACGAUAACAAACUUAAUAUAUGAAGGUUCAACAUCACCGAGCGCUAUAAAAUGUCGAUUUUGUAAUAGGGUGUUUCCUAGAGAGAAAUCUCUCCAAGCACAUCUAAGGACACACACAGGUGAGCGGCCCUACAUGUGUGAUUAUCCAGGCUGUACAAAAGCAUUCACCCAAAGUGGUCAACUCAAAACUCAUCAGCGAUUGCAUACUGGAGAAAAACCAUUUGUCUGUUCUGAAAAUGGGUGCACAAUUAGAUUCACUCAUGCAAAUCGCCACUGCCCUGAGCAUCCGAAUGCAACACUCCACCGAAGUGAUGAUUUUGUACUGCGACCUGUUACGUGUAAUCCAGAACAGUCAAGUGAUGUUCUUCGCUGGCUUGAAAGGUAUCGGAAGGAGAGAGAAGACAGAACACCGAAGAAACCGGAAAGGAGGAACAAGGCAAAGAGGAAUGAUGUGGAAAAUGGCAGUCUGUCUUGCAAGAAGUUAAAAAUUCGUAAAGGCCUGGUAACAGUAAUGGAACAAGAAAAUGUUCAACAUAAAAAAUCUAGCAUUCAGAGAGCCACCAUUAAUGUUGAGCAAACUUGUAUAAGAAGUUGCAUCCCAGGAGAUGUGAAGCAGAAUUUUAAAUUAGAUGUGAACUCAGAUUCUGCAACUUUAAAUGGCAAUGGUGAACUGUACUCCCAUGAAACCUGCAAAAUACGGAAGGACAGUGACAUUAGAGUUGAACAACCAAAGAAAAGAUGGUUACGAGAAGCAUGUCGAGAUCAAGCUCUGUGGGGGGUAAAGAAUGAAUUGGCUCAACCAAUCCAGUGGAAUGACAGAGAUGAUUGUACUGCCAGUAUGUUUGAAGAGCUGAGGCCUAUGAAAGAGUGCCAUGAUGCCAACCAGUUGAGGCCAACGGUGUUAAUGUUGGCUGCAAGGGAAGGUGAACAGUCUCCAGCAGAUGAUGGGUAUUUAGUUUGGCAAGCUCCCAGUAACCAACCAGAUGAUAAUUUGAAAUGGAUGGGAGCAAUGGCUCUCAUGCAGCUAUCCAAAGCAAAGGAAGUUGAAAAUUUUGAUUCUGAAAGUGCUACUACUCCACUAAACCUUUCUCAGCCACGAUAUAUGGAACUGUAGAUGACAGUGUAAGUGGUGGUUUUUAACAGUCAGUUAAGGCUGCAUGCAGUAUUUAUACCCCCAGAGAAGUGUUAAAGGUUUUGUGACUGGAUAAAAAUAUUUAAGAAUCUUGAUGUGAUUUUCUUACAAAAAAUCUUAACAUUAUCAGACUGGGGGUUGCUUGUAUAUUGACAAUAAAAAAUUUUAUUUCUGCUGUUAAUAAUGGAUGGUGCCCUGCACCAGGAUGUAAAUGGUGCUAUCAAAUGGUCUGCCGUCAUUUAAGAUUAUAUUAUCACACAAAAUGCAAUGAUGGCAUAAGAUGAUUAUUGUAUGAUCAUAGGUUUCUGUUCAAUUAAUGUUCUGUGGAAAGUGUUACUUCACAUCAGCACCUACACAAGUGGUGGUAGACAUUUGUUUAUCUGUUAUUUUUCACAACUUACAGUGCAUUACUGCAUGCAGUAUUAAUAAUGCAUUGCCACAGUGCCCAAUUUGGUAGUUAGUUUUUUGGAAGUUUAUGCCACUUAAGUCACUUCAAAAGUCAUUUCUCCUUUUUAGAAAAGGUACGUUAGUGGUAAAAUUCAAGAGGCCAUGCUUCAAUUAGCAUAUAUUUGCCAAGCUGUGGUUAUUUCUGUUAACUGGUAUUUUAAUGUAAAACCUUUUUAAAAAAGGUAUAUUAUUUAAACAAACUUUUAAUGUAGCUAAUGCAUAACCUAGCAACUGAAAAAUGUACAGUAACUGCUUUUAUUUAGCACAAAGAAUUUUUUAUAUAAUUAUUGCAAGGAAUGAAGUUAAAUUUGUAUAAUGUUGGAAUUUUAAUUAACUAUUUACAAACAGAUUUAUGGAGAUCAUACUUAAGAAUCUCAUUAUGUGCUUCAAACAUUGCAGCUUGGAGAUUUGUAACAUAUUUUAAAUAUGUUUUUUUUAAAUUACUAUAUUGUUUUGUAAGAUAUUAGAUGCUUUUAUUUUUCUUGUAUGAAUGUUAAUGUUACCUUCUGUUUUAAUCUUUAUGCGUUAAUACUGGAAAAAUGACGACCUGGUACAAAAAUGUGGAAGUUAAAAAUAAAUAUUGUUUUAAUUUAAAUAUAUCUUUAAUGGUAAGCAUAGUUACUGUGCUGUUCAUUGUUUUCUCACUGGAUUGAUUGGUAGAAGCUUUGCAUCCAUUCAUUGUCCAGCACAUUGUAUCAAAUGUCAGCUGUUCCUUUGUUGGUGAGAAAUUCCUUUUCUUAAACCUCUAACUGCAGGCGAUUUUCAGAUUUUCUCAAUUGUGGGGCUUCCUUAUUCGCUAAUUAGAGUAGUUGUCAGUAUAAAAUAGUAGGUAUACAAAUUUAAGGCUUUUUUUGGCCACUUGUUGCCAAAUUGCCUUUUGACUUUUGUCUAGAGUUCUUCGGCCGAUAUUUGUUUGAUUUUCCUGACUCUUUCCAGCACAAAUGGCUGGCAUUAUCAAAGCUACACCCAUUAUUGAUGGUAGUGUGCAGGAGUUGAUCUCACGACUGCAGGUUAUAUGUACCCUGCGCGCAAAUAUCAAAGGGGAUUUUUUGGGGUCAUUACCGCUGUGGUUCUCCCCUUGCUACCUGCAAUGAUCGUUUGCUGCAGUACGGGAAUCCAGGAGUCAUUGAGCUUCAGGAUUUCCUCUUCCUAUAGCUUCCCUGACCAAGUGGAUGAAAUAGCUGUUCUCUACAUCAAGAGCUUCUGUGUUGGCAAAUUUUAUUAUGUGGUUAGUCUAGCAGAGUGUGUGCUCCACCAUGGCAGAGUUCUCUGUGCCCCACCCCGGCAGUGCCGCUUAUGUUCAGUGAUCCUGGUGUUGUGUGUCCAGUAAUUCCAACUUAGACUUUGACAGUAUUGUGAAAUGGGUAGUUGCUGCUCAUCAUAUAGUGGAGAUGUUGAGUCACAGAUAGGCACAACAAAAAGACUGUCACUGUCAACAAAAAGACUGUCAAACACAAGUCUCACACGUCCUCCCACCAUCACCUACUCCAGUCUGUUCACAAGCAUCACCAUCAGAGGCAGAGCUACCUGUGAAACAGGUCAUGUGACCUAAGAGCUGAGCUGCAAUCACGGUGCAGCAUUCUACAUCAGUAUAACAACCAACAAGCUGUCUGUUUGCAUGAAUGGUCACAGACAAACUGGGCAAGAAGCAGCUGUGCCACCCAGUUGCUGAGGACACUGGCCAACACAAUGUCCUUGAUUUCAAUGAUUGAUUCAAAGCAUGUGCCAUCUGUAUACUUCCCAUCAACACCAGUUCUUCUGCCUGCAACAUAUCUUAUGUUCUCGUAACCCCGCCACCCCACCCCCUUCCACCCCCGGCUGCAACAUUUGUUAGUCAUUGUCCUUUACCACCCCCUGUUCCCAUUCCAGCAUUACACAGCCCUCUGUUCCACCAUCACCCCCACCAUCCUUUUACUUAUCUCCGUUUCUGCUGCCCCCCCCCCCCCCCAUUCUUCUGUUGCACCUAGCUGCCCUACCCCAUCCACACCUUGUUCCUGUAUCCCACAAGCAGCACUUUACUAUCACCCACCCCUACCCUGCUAUCCUUUCCUCUCCCCAUCCCAGCCUCCUCCUUACCCCCACCACCCAGAUUGCUUCUACCAUCUUGUGCUGCUGCUUGCAGUCUGGCCUCGGCAGCCAGAGAUUGACCGUGUGUGAGAGUUGUGACUGUGUGUGUGUGUGUGUGUGUGUGUGUGUGUGUGUGUGUGUGUGUGUGUGUGUGUGUGUGUGUGUGUGUGUGUGUCACUUCUUAUGUAACUGGUGGAGUACUCGUUGCUACUCAGAAUGUUUUCUAGGUGUUUCAUCUCCCAUCUGAGGUGCUGCACCUCACAUAUUCGUCUCGCUCGCUGUAAGUGUGUAUUAAUCGUGCCUCUUUUCUGGCUCAGUUGAUCAGUUUGUGCAAGUAUCGGUUUGUGGGUAUCUGUUUUCGAUAAACACUUUGUCCCAAUUUUUCACCUUCUCUCAUGACCAGCGGAUGUAGAAAGCGUAAUUGUUGGUCCUUUUCUACCUCCAUGGUAAAUUGUAUGUUGGCAUCAAGACUGAUAAAGUGCCUUAGGAAGUCACCGAGCUGUACCUAACCAUGUCUCCACACAAUGAAGGUAUUGUCAACAUAUCUGUAUCACAUUUUAGGUUUAGUGCCUGUGCUUUGAAAUGUUCCAUGAAGUUGGCCAUCAUUGGACUAAGUGGACUACCCAUAGCGAUGCCUUCCAGCUGUGUCACUCUACAUGAAAUAGCUCAUGCUGAGACAUACAUGAAAGAGCUUGGUGAUGUCUUGUGAGAAAAUGGAACUGAUAUAUUCCAGAGCAGUGGUUGUCAAACUGUAGUCUGCUGGCCACAUGUGGCCCACUGUCAGGUCUCAGCCUUAUUUUAUAAUUAUAUGCUUUUAGCAUCUAACAGCAGGAUCCAAAAAAUGUCGGCUAACAUUGAGUUUCUUAACAGUGUGUUUUACAUGCUCAGUAACAAACAAAAAUACUUAGAGAGGUGGUAAUAUUUUACAAUGUGUAUAGUUUUGACGUCAAUGAAGCCAUUAGCUUUAUUAAGUUUGCGACCUAUGUCAGGAUCAGAGUGAUACGUAAUGCAGCCAGUGCAGAGUAAAUAUAGGUGAGGGGGGAAUAUUUUAUCGUGUGUCUUCCAGUGCUGACAACUCGAGUGUGUGCAGCUAACACAGAUCAGCUGCUGUGGUAUAAAUGCCAAAUGGAAGUAACGUGGUUUUAUGAAUGUGCUUUAUAGAAACUCAUAUCCAGGUGUGGUACAUGUUUGUAGCAAGUAAUAUGAGAUCAAACUGAGGCUGUUGUAAUACAAUGCAAUUAUUAAAAGAAAAAUGACAUCCCGGACAUUUAGUUAACAUUUGUAAUCAUAUCUCAUGUUGGAGUUACUAUAUAACGUACUAAUUUAUGUAGGUUAUCAAUUAAUAAUAAGAUUGAAGGUCUGGUAAAGUGGCUAGGGCAGGGAAAGUGACCAUUGCAUAUCUAUUGCCAUGAACAGCACUGCUGCCUGCUGAGAAUUUCGAAUAUAGAUUGCCAUAUUUGUCAGUGAGAUUGGCAGAGGAAGCUAGUUGUUUCUUUUUUCAGUAAAACUUUUGAUUUUGGGUCUUCUGAUCCAAGGUAUUUCAUUUAUAUUAUUAUUUUUACUCACUUGUAUGAAGAAUAGUUUUUUACGAUAUCAAGAUUUAAACCUCUUUUUCUCCUAUAAAUGUAGUUUCUUUUUAUUUCAGUUUGAUAGUUUCUUCUUUUGAUCACUAAUGCCGACAUGGCAUCCACUUGGGAAAAGUGACAAAUAUGUUCACCCCAGUAAGGGUUAGUUACUUCCAAAGAACACUUAGAAUACAAUAGAUAAAACUGACAUCUAAAGUCUUUUAUAUACAAAGCUGGCAUCAGUUCUAUCCCUUUGUGACAAUUCUAAUUAAGUUAUUUAUAAACGGCUCUGUUGCAGCCACUUAGUGUCCUUUUGGAUACUAGGUGUGAAGGUGCCUAGAAAAUGCGUCCAGAAAUUGGAAAAACAAACAUGGGAUCCUGUUGUGAUGGCAAUGGCCACAGUAUCCUCUUAGGUACAGAAAAUUGCUCACUAUGUAAGUGUUCAGAAAUAUGCAUGUGGUUCCAGUAUAUUAUGUUCCUUCUCACUUAAAAAUAUUUGGUGUGAUAUAAUAUGUAGAUUCAAAGUGGGUAAGCUUGUAUCAAUGACCAUGGUUUGAUGAAAAUUGCUUUUGUCUUCGAGUAGCCACUUUACCACCACCACCCCUUCCUAUGCAGCCCGAGAUGUCACUCUAAGCUGGUCAGGGUGGCCGAGCGGUUCUAGGUGCUAUAGUCUGGAACUGCGUGACCGCUACGGUCACAGGUUCGAAUCCUGCCUUGGGCAUGGAUGUGUGUGAUGUCCUUAGGUUAGUUAGGUUUAAGUAGCUCUAAGCUCUAGGGGACUGAUGACCUCAAAAGUGAAGUCCCAUAGUGCUCAGUCAUUUGUCACUCUAAAAUGUGAAUAUUGUCUCAUAAGCAAGAAAAUUUGAUGACUGUUGCUCCAAAUAAUCCGUGUGGCACUUUGGUACACAAAGGAACGUCAAAGCUAACCAAACUGUCCUUUGGUUCAAGUUUGUUUUUUCAGCCUGUCUGUGAAAUGUCUGAGUAUUUUAAGUACAUGUCAGUCUUUCCUUCCUGCAGAUGGAGCAUAGGGGCUGUGGGGCCAGGAGCACUAACUAUUGGUCUUAAUGGAACAUUAUUCAUAUAGAGAUUUGGUAUUCCAUACAGUUGAGAUGGUAGGGCUUGUGUGUUGCGCAGGUUGCUAUGUGCGCCGCAGAGAGGGAAUAUGCCAUAAUGAACUGAUUCGUAUUCUGGGAGAUCCACUGUGUCUGAUUUAUGCCUAGAUUUUUGUAUGUCAUCUGGAUCUAAUAGGUCCCGAUCUUCUGCUCCUAAUCUUUGGUCUUCAUUACAAAGGUCGCAUUUCUCUUGUAGGAAGGUGAUACCAGUACACUUGAUAGUUUGUAUGUAUAUAUAUAAUAUAUAUAUCUCCCUCCCACGAUUCUACUUGCUGCAUAUUCUGACAGUUUCAGUGUAUAUUUCCUUAGUUCUUUUUAGUUCUUUCACAAUAAAGGUUCUGAAUGUAUGCUUCAGUGUUAGCAAUGAUAUUCUCCUUAGGUAUAGUUAUCUGAUGAUAUUGAAUUCCCUCCUUUUUGAAGGACACUGUUUCUCUUCUGUCAGUUGUCGUUCACUGAGGUUGACCACUGUACGUACCGCACAGAAUACGAAUCAGUUAAUGAGGACAUCUUCUCUUUCAGUGGACAAAUAGAGGAACCUGCGCAACACAGAAGCCCUCCCACCUCAGCUGUAUGGAUUACCAAAGAUCCAUAAGAAUAAUGUUCCAUUAAGACAGAAUGUUAUAGUACUCCUGGCUCACUGACACAUAAACUGGCAAAACUUGGCGUUUCUACUGCAACAGUAUGUGGGAAAGACUGACACAUACAGAAAAGACUAAAAAGACAUUUCAUUGAGAAGCUGUAAAAAUCUAAAACUUGGACCAAACAUAAUCCUGGUUAGCUGUUCACCAAAGUUUGUUUACCUAAGUGCCAUUCAAUGUUUCUAUAGAGUAUCAGUUCCAGUUUUCCACAAGACGUCACCAAGCUCUUUCAUGCAUGUCUCACCACGAGCCAUUUCAAGUGCAAUGACACAGCUGGAAGGCAUCGCCAUGGGCAGUCCAUUAGUGGCAAACUUCUUCAUGGAACAUUUUGAAGCAUGGGCACUGGACCUGCCACCUUGUAAACCUAACCGGUGGUAUAGAUAUAGCAACGAUACUUUUGUUGUGAGGAGCCAUGGUGAGGAACAGUUUCGUGACUUCCUAAGACACUAAAGUCUCCAUUCAAACAUAAAAUUUACCAUGGAGGUAGAAAAGGACCAACAGCUACCCUUUCUAGAUGUGCUGGUCACAAGGGAUGGUGAAAACCUGGGCCGCAGCAUGUAUAAAAAACACAUAUGGAUCAAUACCUGCACAAACUGCCUAAUUACCAUCUGAGCCAGAACAGAGAUACGAUUAAUACACUCGUAAUGCAAGUGAGAUGAGUGUGCUCCACAGCACCACAAAUGGAAGAUGCAACACCUAGUGUUCUGAGAAGUAAUGGGUAUUCCAACAGUUGCAUAAGAAAUGUCACAGAAUCUCACUUGGUUAAGUGACACAUCAGAAAAAGGAGGAUUAGGUAUGUCCUUUCUGCUAUACAUUCCUGGAGUGACGGACAGAAUCGGCUAUAUAUUGGUCAAAUAGUGACGAACAUCAGAGCGUCUCAGAUCAGCAAAUACUGCUGACCAAGUAAUUGUGGAGAAGUCUGAUGGCAUAACUGAACAAUAAGUCAACACCAGGAUCAAACAUAAGUGGGCAUGUACAGAAAUCAGCCGUGGCAGAGGACAUACUGUGCAAGACUGACCAUCUAGUAAAAUUCGCCAACACUGGAAGCUCUUUAUCUAGAGAAGGGCUAUCGCAACUGCUUCUUCAGGGAAGCAAUAGAAAUAGACAAACAUAAGUUUCAACAAAAAAGAGGAAAGCCUCAAGGUGAACAGAUCCUUGAUUCCCAUACUGAAGGUAGCAAGGGGAGAACGCAGUGGUAAUGACCACGUAAAAGCUCUUGGAUGUUGGUGCACCAAGCACAUGAAAUUUGCGGCUGCAGGCUCGAAUCAAGUCCACCACUAGCAAUGGAAGGUAAAGCAUUUGAUAAUGCCAGCCACUUGUGCUGGCGAAACAUCAUAAAAAUCAUCAAACGAAUGUCGGCCAAAGAACCCAAGACAAAGCCAAUUGGCAAUCUGUCGAUUAUAGGAAUGUAACAAAAACCAAAACCUUAAUUUUUUUGUCAUUAAUGUAAAUAAUGCAGGAAAUACAAAAAUCUUGUCAUUAUAAAACUAGGUAAAACUUACUGAUAAAUUUUCUGAGUGUUGUAUAUCUUGAAGCAUAUUCUAUACACAGUCUCGGAAUGUGGAUACAAAAUUGCUGCCAAGAGAGGAUAAGUGUGUAACUAUGUGAGACUGUAGAACAUGAAAAGUGCAACUCCCGCUGUUUCAGGCGGGAAAAUAGUGACUGCCAAUAUUCUAGAGCAAUAGAAGUGUAUUUGAUGGGAAAAUAACCACUUCUGUUACGCAAACAGAGCAGACAUUGUCAGGUGUAAUGAUCCUUGACUCGCGAAAUAGUCAGGAAAUAGCUGAACGCUUCACUGCAUUGCCCAUGGCUGGAGGGUUAAAGGAAACCUUUCAUUUUACAGCGAAAGUGAGACAGAAACCUCAAUGUUAACAAAUAGGGUUUUAAUCAGCAAAGGACAGCUUUUUAUGCUGCUUUUCAGGCUUCAGAUUUGUACAUUCAAAACUGCAAUUUACAAAAAGCUUACCACAAGAGCUGCAGAAAUUGAUUUCCUAACGUGAAAAACAGGGUAUAAAACUGACGUUUGUGAAAUAAGUGUAAUGCAUAACCUCUGAUUAAUGUAACAGCCUGUAGAAAUUUGUCAAGUGCUCUGUUCAGUUUCAUUUCAUCUUUUUUAUUUUGUAUUUGCAGUGGACAGAAUUCAUAAGUUAGAAAUAAAAUUGUAAAUCUGAAAUCACUUAACUUAAAUGUUUAAAUGUGGAAUGUUGGGAUUGAUGAUCUCAUUGUGAAGAAAACUGUAAUGUUUGACAUCUCUUUUUAAUAAGAGUAUUCUGCUGUUAACACUAAUUACUUCAUGUGUGAAUCAGAAUUACUACUCGGAAGCAUUGGAGUGUGUUUUGGAAAACUGUGAUUUUAAUCUAAUUGAGUUAUGGAACUUUUAUUUUGACGAAACUUAUUUUGUAAAGAAUGUAAAUAAAUCUCAGUGACUGACUAAAUUUGUAUACUAAGUGUAAAUUUCACGUCCAUUCAAGAAUUAAGAUUUUGUAUGUUUGUAGCAAUUUUCUCAUCCUUCUGUAGUACCAGUGGUAGUUGAGACAGGCAGUGUGUGAUUAAUAGUACCAUUAAACCUACAUAACAUCAAAUAUCCCAUCUCUUGAACUAUAAUUUGCAAUUGUUAAGUGAAACACCAUGUGUAGAUGCUCUAAAUUGCACUAGUACAUAGAUCACAACAUACUGAAAAAUGUAAUGUCAGUAGGUUAAUGUUGGGGAAAAUGUAGCACAUCAGUUAGAACAUGUUAUUACUACCUGAUGACUGAAUUAAAUUAAUAGUAUAAUUGAAAAGUGACAGUGCUGAUUCAUUUUGGUUAGUCUCUGUAAUUUCCAUCCAGAAUAUUUAAGUUGCCAUAUUGCUGGUGAGCACUGGGAAUUGUAAUAAAAACCUGUUGUGUAGAAUGUACAUUAAACACUGAACAGCAUUUUGUAGACCCAUUUUAUAUGCACUGCACCCUAAGAAAGAACUAUAACUGGAUCAGAAUAACAAAGUGAUUUUCAGCUAUUUGUUUACAAGACAGCUAGGCAUAGCAACAACAAAUCGGAGAAUGAGUUUGGUUAUGCUGUGUGUUCUGUUCACUGAUGUCACAUCACAUCACACCACUACAAUGGCCCCUAAUGUAACACUUGUUUCAAUUUUGUUGUUUGCAUUGUUUUUCUGUAUGACAUUAACAUAUCAGAAUGUUGUAAACAAUUAAAAAUGGGCACAAAAAUUAGACUUGCCUUCUAUCUAAACAGAGUACUGCCAGGCAGCAUUUGGGUGUAUCCAGAAUGGAUGUGCCCAUCUGUUGCUGGUGCAGCCAUAUUGCGUGUACAGGCAAACAUGAACAAACAUUGCCUCCUCCCAUGCUGGACUGUCGGUCACUUUAUUGUUAUCACUGUAUACAGCUGAACAUUGCACUCAAGUUGAGGUCAUUGGACACUGGACACUGAACACUAGCUGACUUGGAUAAGGGUAGAUGACGCAAGGAGGCAGGUAUACUGUGUUUGAGAAGUUGUUAUAUUUUCUUGAUGUAAUUUUGGGAAAGCCAAGGAAAACUGAAAUUGAGCUGUCUUGCUUCUCUGCAUCCUAAAAUGUAAUUAAAUGCUUAUUGACGGACUUCUUUUGGGAUUCUCUCCCAGAUUAUAUGUUCAUGUUAUAUACAUUGUGGACAUUUCCUUGUAGAUAUGAAAGCAGUCUUAAUAGUUUUAAUGCCUAGGUAUUUACAUGUGUGUGUACCCUACUCCAUUAUGUGCAUAAACAUACAGCAACGCACUGAAUACUAGACAUAUAGGUCACAUUAAUAUGUUUGUCACUGUUGUAAGAUAAGUAUCAUAGUUCUGACUUAUUAAAAUACAAUGAAAGAGGCUCUCUGUAAUUGAAGUUAAUGUUGCUUGAAGUAAGACUUCAUGAACAGAAGGUUUUAAGGAUUUUUUUCCAGUGAUGUGUAUUUAAUCCUACAGUAACAAAUCAUUUAUGGUUUCAGUUGGAAGCUUUAGGCUUAGAUCAGAUAUGUUUCAUUAAGAGGUGUGUGAGAGAUCUUUUGGUUUUCAGUAGUAAUGAAACAUGGUGAAUUUAAAUCUGCGUCAAGACAUAGUGUUUGCACAAUAUUACGUGGGAUAAAAUCUGAGUACAUUUAACGAAUUCCUUGGAACGUGUCACAAUAGAUAGAAAAUCUGAGUCUAUAGAAAGUUUUGACAACAAUGAAAUUGUGUACACUGGUACUUAAGACAAACUUGCAUUGCUUUGGUUUAUCACUAUGGGAAUAUAUAUGUUGACUAAUUGUGUAACCUAUUCAUUUGGUUAAAGUUUCCAGUGUUUAGUUACAUCUGAGCUCAUAAUUCUAAAACCAAGAAUUGCACACAGUGAUCACUUUUCUGUUUUUCGUUAAAAUUAUGACUGCAAUAAGUUACAGCAUUUCUGUAAUUUGCAUCACACUAUUGCUGUUGGUCAGUAGUGAUCUAUUACACAUUUUAAAUGUAGUGUUGGCAAAGUAUUGGGAGGACAGCAAGAUGUAGUUUUACGCAAAUGGCCAUGGCGGUGUUACUCUAAAACGCAUUUUACUUAUUCAGACCCUUCUUUUUUCCAUAUCAUGUGAGGGUCAGGUAUCAUUGGUCUUUGUACCUUAUUGAGACAUGGAUAGCCAAAAUAAACCUUGCCUAAAAUGUCUGACAACACAAGUUACCUUAGGUAAUGAGUAGGAGAACUGUUCUUUGUAAAGUUGUUGCAAAUGACCCUGCUGAUGUCCAUGCAGCAGUAUCCGCUGUCUUGAUUAUAGUGUCCCUAAAUGCCAGUAUUUGAAGGCAAUAGUUUUUGUGGCUGUCUUGUACUUUGCAAAUAAAGAGUUAAGACUCCAGGAAACGGUCGCAGUAUUUCUGUCUUUAUCAACAGUUUUGGGCACCUUGUUUCUCUCUUUUUGUGUUUACCUCUUGACUGUGAUGGGAAACUUGUUACUGCUUCCUUGUCGUAGUUGCUCUUUUUAUAUUUUAAAUUUCUUUUCAACUAUGGCAGUUUCUAGUUGCAAGUAGUAUUAUCGGUGUCAGUGUCAUUCCUAGUAUUUCUGCUUCCCUCUAUUUACAUGUCAUUUAAAUGAGAGGGUUCAAGUUAUGACCAUUAAUGUGGCUGGUUUGAGAGAUUUUUAAGAAAGGAUAACAUUCACCAUUGGCUGUAGAAAUCAUUAAUUUCACUAUUGUCGUUUUGGCCUUUGGACUAUUUUCAGGUGGUACUGCAAAAGAUUUUACUUCAGUUCACUUCAAACUUUACAAUCCCCUGCCAUGUUGGAGGGUUGAAAAUGGCGUGAAUAUUAUAGUCUUUAAAAAAUUCUGAGAGAUUGUGAACCCUGACCAUGGGAAGUUAAUCAGGCUGAAAAGUGUUAAUUCAUUUUCAGUACAUCAGUACUUUUUAUGCCCAGGGAAAAAUGUUUGAUGUUGAAGAGCACUACCUAUUUGAGUCUUAUGGAAACAAGCAAAUUUAUUUACCCCAUAUAUUUUUGAACCGCCAUUAAUUAAACUCGCGCUUCCGAAAAUAGUUUUCAAAGAAGGUUUCAUAUGAGACAAGUGGAUUUCUACAUGCAUUCCUCUACAUUCAGGUGAUCGUCGGUCCAGGAGAAUAGUUGGAACAUAGUCCAGCUGACCAGAUUUUUAAAAGUUGUCUCUCUGUUCAGUGUGUCCUGUAAUAUGAAGCAAGUUUCUCCUCUGAUGUGGAUAAGAAUAUUAUGUAAUGCAUCUUUAGUAAAAUUUUUCACAAGUGUUGUGUGGCUUUGAUGCAGUAAUAUAAUGGUCACGAGGACGUUUCAGUGUGAGCCAAGAUUAUGAAAAAUACACUUAAUUUGCACACCACUUGGUUUACCCACUCCGAAAAGCAGUAAUUGUAGAAAUUUAGAUGAAUGCAGUACAUUUCAGAUGUGCAAAACACCAUAAGCUCUCAUGAGAUUUGCAUGCUAAUGCCUCAGAAGAGGGAACUAACAUCCACCUGAAAUUACCUGCACUGAAAAAAUAUUUGCUAUGAGGAAGUUUAACAAAUUGACUGCUGCAUGCAUAGUGAGGCAUGUUUCACUGCCAGACCAUGGCAUAAGAUUAUGCCAUGGCUUCUAAUGUUCUCGUAUCAUUCAACAUGCCAAACACUGUAUGAAAGAAUUAAUUUUAUUGUUAUGAGUAAAGUAUGCCUCAUGAUUGUGAGUUGCUGACUUGGGACAUCAGAAUUGCCAAAAAAGUAUGUCGUGUAUUUCACAAAACAGAUGCAGUGCAGUCCCUUUAGAGGAUCUUGCAGUUGUGGUGAUAAUAAUAUCAAUAACAAUGUAAGGUUACUAAGGAAGGGGAAGGUUUCAUCUGAACACUUGUUUUGUGGCUUAAGUUUCUUUUCGGAUCUUGUUGUGAAAUUGACUUUAUUUCAUGCAAUUCAGUUUUGUAGGUUUCUCACAAGUGAAUAACAUACCAUAUAAUGACAGGUGUAGGCCAUAAUCUUUUAUGGAUGGUUAUUUCACUAGAAAACAUUGCUAAACUGGAGUGAUAUAUGGAAAAGAAAGGAGUAUGUCCUUAUUCCACCCAAUAAAUGUUACUUAAAGUGGUACAAUGUUACCUAUGCGUUUUGUGUUCUCAUGUACCUUGCAGAAUUUACAGGUAAUUAACUGUAAGGUGAACAUAAUUAUCUGUUGCCUAAUCAAUAAAUUUAUUGUAAAUUCCAAUUUGAGCUUGAGCAGUGAGGCUUUUGACUUAUAUGGUCUCUAGAAGUCAUUCAGUAACUGGAUACCCAUUCCGUUGCAAUAAAAUCUGUAAGUUGUGAAUGACAUGUAUACACAAUAUGGCUGAAACAAAUGUAAUUUGUAUUCUGUUUUCUUAUGUGAAUUUCUGCUUAUUUUGUGCUUGAUGAUGAAAUGGGAAAUCAGUGUCUUAAUGUACUGACUACACGUCUGGUCCUAAUUACGUCCUAUGAACAGAACCUAAUUACUAGCAUAUAUAACUGUAGCUACAGAUCUGACUCCACUAGACAUUUGAUGGAGAACAAAAUCAGUUGUUAGAUUAAAACUGCAAUAUAGGUAUUUUAUUAAAAACCUUUAAGUAAAGCAGCAGGUUAAGAAUGAUGCAUGUGAACUGCAAAGGACAGGUGCUCUUUAAUUACUAGUACAGCAUACUUUGCACACAGGCCUUGUGGAACUGCUUUCUCCAUCCUGCCAAUCUCUACAGCAUUUUAUUUUAAUGCCAGAGGAUGAAAUAAUAUACAUAAGUCUAUAACUUACUAUGUUAAUUCAGUCUGCUUUUUGAGUCUAAGAUUGAUUGAUUGAUUGAAAUUAAUAAUGUGAUACAUAUCUGCAUUUUUAUAAUGUUUAUAUUUCCUGUAAAUCUUUGAAGUAUUGUAGAAUAAUAAUUAUUUUAGCAGUAUUAUUCCUAGAUAUGACUGUGAUUUGAUGUACGUUGUAUAACUGCAUUAUUUAGUCAUAAUAUACAGUGUGUAACGGGUAUAAGUGAAGAUAUUUCUGUUGGUGCCCGAGGACUGUGUAUUGAACAUUACAACAGUAUUUAUGUCAUUUGCAGACCAAUAAUUAUAGCUACUACAAGUCAUAUGUUUUUAGGUUAGGUAGUACCUCCAAGUACAUGUGGCAAGAGAGAGCCAUGAAUGCCUAUUUCCCCCUGGGCAGCAGGUCAGUUGUUGAAGCAUGGAGGCAAAAUAGUUAAGUCUGUACUACAGGUGUAGUCCACUUAAGUGGUGCAGUUAUGACCAUGCAGAUACAGGUUGUAAAGUUUAUGAUGUGCUUGUGGAGAAACUGUUGGAGGCAGAGAGAGAAAAAAAACAAUAAUGCUGAUGUACCACAUAAAAAUAUCUACACCUAUACCCAAUACUACUGUCACAUUUUUGUCAUACUGGUUGCUGACAACUAAAACCAGUUAAAUGAGUAUUUAUUAUACUUGAAAACCAGUUCGUAUAAAAGUAAAUGUUUUAAAAAUAAAUCAGUGUUUCUUAGUCACAUUAAGAGAGAUGCAGUGCCUACUGUCUCAGUGAUUGGGUGGUGUUGUCUGUUCUUAGUUCCUGCCCUAAAUUUUAUAAAGUGCUGCUGUUAGUACCGAAAAAAGAUAAAUCUGACAAUACUUUGCAGUAACUGUUCAGUUACCAGAGGUUCCAUUGAAUGAAACUUCAAUUGGUUGUAGUCAAAUAUUGUACCUGUCACAAAAAGUGGAUAAAAGAAUGAGAUUUAAUAUCUUGUUCCCCUUUUUAUGUCUAUGAUGAUACAGUUUCUAUUUUUGUAUAGACUAAUAUAUCAAAAAAAAAGUUUGAUACAGGUUAAAUGUAAAUAAAAUUUAAAUUUUAUAAGCAAACUUUGAGCUGGCUUUUAUUUUAGACUAGAUGCUUGAAUUUGUAAUUAAUAUUUGUCACAUACUAGAAAGGACAUUCUGCAUAUGCUUUUCCCAAUAUGUCUUAAUGUUACAUGUGCUUGUAUUUUUGUUGUAAUAAAGAGAUCCUCUCCAAAUUCAUCUUCAUCAAUGCAAAGUCAUCACCUUUUUUUCUUGUUGAAAUCAAGUAAUAACCUUGACAUCAGUUUUCAAAUUCAUAGAUAACAUAAUUGUGUACUAAAAUUGAAACAUGAGACUAUUUAAUGGAUGAAUUACACUGUAGAACCCUGUAGAAUCCUGCACUGAAAGAUCACAAACCACAUCUAUUUGGAUCCAACAAAUAAUGAUGAGUGAGCUUCUUGUACUGUUUCUCAGAUAUAAUUUUCCAUCCCGCACAUGUUUAAGAGAUUGUGUUCUUAUAAACAAUGUGUCAUUGAGGAUAGAGUGCCUGUCACGUUUGAAGUUACAAAUUUAAUUCACUGUACUGAAAGAUACAUAUUCCUUGUAUAAUUCCAAUGCCUUUUAUUUUUUCUGUUUUUAGUUGGUGUGUGUGUGGGGGGGGG